CCACUUAAAAACACGUCGGACGGGGAACGUGGAGCUGGCCAGGGGGGCCGAAUUAUACACGAACUACACCCGGGCGCUAAAGCACGGUUGAGAUAGAAAAACCAGGUCAGAGCUAAUCAACUGCAACGGAGUAUGAUCUCAAGUCCGGAAAGCAAGUUCCAGUCAAUGCAGCGAAGAGCGACCACGGAUGGAUUCUCAUCAUGCAGAAGACGACAUUGUCGGCUACACAGCGCCAGGUGUCGCGCCAGAGCCACAAUCAACCAACGACGAGAAGACGGCAGUUUCAAUCAAAGGACAACACCUAGAGGAAGCUCCCAUUUCGCAGAACAACCUCGUAUAUGAUGAUGAUUUUGAGGAGCCAGAGAUUCAUAUGCGAACCUGGGUCGCUUUGGCUGCCAUGUGCAUGCUAAGCAUGGUUCAGCUUGUUGCUCUUCAAGGCCCUCCUGCAGUUCUCUCUUACAUCGGCACUGACCUCAACGGUACAAAACAACAGACCUGGGUGCCAAAUGCACUUACUCUGAUGCAAGCUGUCCUGGGCCCCGUUAUCGCCUCGGCUUCGGAUACUUUCCAAGCGCGGAAACCACUUCUCGUUGGCUCUUGUGUCGUUUCUUUCAUCGGCUCUGCAAUCGCACCAGGAUCUGGCAAUAUAUACCGACUCAUCGUUGCACAAACUCUGAUCGGAGUGGGCUUCGCAUCCGUCCCCCUUGGAUAUUGUGUGCCUAGCGAAAUCCUUCCCCGCAAGUGGAGGCCUAUGGCGCAGGCUUGCAUCAAUGUCACAGCAAGCUUUGGUGCUAUUGCAAGUCCCUUGAUCAUAGGUGCUUUUACAAAGUCCAACGUGGCAGAUGGCUGGCGUAAGUUUUACUGGUUCCAGAUGGCUCUCUGGGGAGCAACGGCUAUUGGCAUCUUCGUUGGCUACAGACCGCCCAAGAGACAUACGAGGUUUGAGCAUUUGUCCCUCUGGCAGAAGCUCGGCCAUCUCGACCUGCCAGGCUUUGCACUACUUACCAGCGGGUUAACACUGUUCCUGGUAGGGGUAAAUCUAGGUGGCGGUCUAUAUACCUGGACAAACGCUCAUACCUUGUCGACUUUGAUUGUUGGUAUUGUCGUCAUUAUUGCGUUCGGCGUCUAUGAAUGGAAAGGUACUAAGACCGGUAUUCUACACCAUGAUCUGUUUCGAGGCGGAAAAGCUAAAGGCCGAACAUUCGCAAUUUUGGUAGGCCUUAUCUUCAUCGAAGGUGUCCUGCUCUUCGCCUUCAUCAUCUUUUACCCAGUCAUGAGCUCCUCAAUCUUCGAGACUGACCCAUUCCUUGUGGUUGCCCGUGCUAUGCCAUACUGGGUUGCCGGUCUGCUCGCAACCAUAGUGUGGGGUUACAGUAGUACCAGACUGCAAAUGGUUCGCGAACCCCUGUUCCUCGGCUUUUUACUGUACACCGCUGGUACGGUCGGCCUUGCUACCAUCCAACCAAAUCAAUCAACAAAUCAGCUCGUAUUCGCUGGUCUUUCCGGCAUCGGUUAUGGCUCUCCGCUCAUUCUUAUCGUCGCUGGCGUUCAGCUGUCAACUCCACACGGACUGAUCGCUACCGCAACGGCUGUCACUACCUCAUCUAGAGCAAUUGCUGCAGCAGUAUUUACCGCCAUCUAUGCUGCAGCCUUCGACGCAGACCUUGCAUCCAAACUUCCUGCGUACGUCGCAAAAGCAGCUGGCGCGGCGGGCCUUCCUGCUGCGUCCAUUCCAGCUUUUGUUGAAGGCCUUGCAUCUGGUGAGACAGCGAAACUUGCGAACAUUCCGGGAGUAUCCCCGUCAAUAAUUGCGCAAGGGGUGGUGGCACUGAAGCAGGCUUUCGCUGAUUCUUUGAGGGUUGUAUUCAUUAUUGCAGUGCCCUUUGGUGCUUUGGCUUGUGUUGGCUGUCUGUUCUUGGGUGACAUGCGUAAGACAAUGAAUUAUCAUGUCGAUGCGCCCGUCGAGGAUCUUCAUGCUAAGCAACAUCACCACGACCUUUCAAACAAAGCAGCGUAAGAUAUUGGCUUGGGAGAAGGCAUGGGUGGGAGACGCGUCAAGGUCACUUACUGACUGCUCCCGGCAACAUCUAAGACUUAAGAAUAGGUCUAGAUACCUAAAGAUAAGUGCUUAGCAAACGAUACAAGUAUGGAGCAUGUGUUGUACAAUACCAAAGGCGACAAAACACUUCUCC